AUGCAAUCCGAGAAAAAACAACACGAGGCACCACAGCCAUUCGAGCUCUCGGACACCCAGUUGGAGAUGGCAAGAAAAUACGACUUGACAGACAAGUUUGUUCAUUUCUUAGAUCGGCACUUGGUUUAUCCAUUGAUUGAGAACUUGGAAUUCACACACGAUCCAAAAGAAGUCGAGGAAUGGGAAUAUGAGCUUUUGAAGGACACAUACAUGACAAAGUUUGUCGAGGAUAAAUGGUUGGGCUUGCAUCCAGGGGAAGAACUCCCAAAAGAAUUUGCCGACAAACAGCAGAAAAUUCAGAAAGAGUUGGUCAGUUUGAAUGAUAGCACCAAGAAGACAUUGGAAAUUCUCUCGUCACAAGAGGUGCAGGAGAACUUGAAACAGGAUAAGUCAUACAACAGAGAAUACCUUUCGAAGAAGCAUGGGAUCGACGAUGCUAAGAUUUACGAGUUGUACAAGUUUGGAAAGUUUCAAUACAAUAGGGGAGAUUAUGUGAUGGCUUCAGACUUGCUGAACAACUUUAGACUUCUUUCCACGAACCAGGAGCUAAACUUUAGUGCCACCUGGGGAAAACUUGCAGCUGAAAUCAUAUCGUUCUUCUGGAACGAGGCAAUGAAUGAAUUCAACAAGUUGAGAGAAAUUAUCGACAGCAGAAAUUAUCAGGGAACAACCAUCGACCAGCUUAACAAGAGAACCUGGCUCAUCCACUACUCUCUUUUCAUCUUCUUCAACAGUAACUUCACUGCCACAGAUGCAGACUCUUCUGAAGAUUCGGAGUCGGAGGAGAAGCAGGAGGCCGACAAGAAGAAAAACUUGGAUGAGAGAAACAAGAACUUGUCGAGCCUGAUUGAUCUUUUCCUCUCGUCUUCGUACUUGUCCACAAUCCAGGCUUCAUGCCCAUGGAUACUCAGAUAUCUAAUUGUUGCACUUCUACAGACCAGACAGUACAAGAGACUAAGAGAUAUAGUGAGGGCUGUUGAUGUUGAGACCUACGAGUACCAGGAUCCAUUCACAAAGUUGAUCGAAUCCUUGUUUGUGACGUUCGAGUUUGAUAACUUGUCGGACUUGAUCGAGCAGAUUAGUGUUUUGAUAGAGACCGACUUCUUCAUCAGCAACUUGGAUGCCCAGAAGUUGGUGCUCAACAUGCAGGAACUUAUCUUCAACACUGUUACAAAAGUCUACACAGGACUAACGGAGGAGAACCUUUGCAAGAUGUUCAACGAGGAUUUACCAGUGGUGCAGAAGUUUUUGGAGGAGAGAAAGGAUCAAGUGUCAGUUGCAGAAGAUGGAUCGAUCAUUGUGAAAACACAGACCCCAUCUACUGUUUAUCAGCAAGUGUAUGAGAAGACAAAGGCCUUCAACUUCAAGACCAACCAGAUAUUGAACACCGCUUUCAACAAGUCCGAUUACUAA